GGUAGCCCGUGUGAGAGAGCGCAACCCACAUCUAGAUAAGAGCUCUCUCCCAUGCUGCCUCGCGUAGCGCCAGCGCAAAGUGUGUGCUUGUGAGCCGCGCUUUCUGUCAGUGAGUGCGUGUCAGCGUGUGAGAGUUGGAGAAGGGAAAGUGCCUGACGCCCCGAACAACCCAGGAGCUGACUCGGAGCCGGGGAAACGCGUUGGUCGGCGGAGACACGGGGAAGCGGAAAAUUCGAACGCGCUCACAAGAAAGAAAUCGACGAAUCUGGGCAGGAAAAGUGGAAAGAAAUCUUCUUUUUCGGACUUUUGAGCAAUGCGCUGGCAGCAUGGCCAAAUGGUUCAAGGAACACCUAGGAUUCAAAACCACCAAAGCACCACCUCCGGCUCCUCCGAAACCGGACUACAGACACUGCCACCCCACAGUGACCGGUACCCCUGGCUACCUCCAAGCGAGCUCCGGUUCCUCAACGCACUAUCCGAGCCCAGCGCAACCGGACAUUCUUGCUGCCUACAAACUACAGAAGGAACUGGACUUCGAGGACCCGUACACUGGAGGCGUAAAUGUCGCGUAUCAAACCGGGCCGAGCUCUGUAGGGUCGCCGGACAUUAAGUACGUGUCACCGAAACACCGACUCAUAAAGGUGGAAACGGUGGAAAAAAACAGCUGCUCCCCGGUCAGCAGCGCUACGCCAGCCCCGGCAGGGAGCGUCUCUAUCGGCAGCGUCAAAUCCCCCACCUCCCCUCCUCCCGCAAAUGACGCCAAGCAAGAAAAGAGAUCCGGCGGGGGACGAAGGAGGGUUCCAUGCGGCAGCUGCCGCUGUACGACACGCCGUACGAGCCCACGGAGAACGGCGGCGACUCGGAGCCGGAGCCCAGCCGCUGCCCCCGCGAGAGCCGCCUGCCGCAGGACGACGAGAGACCCCCGGAGGAGUACGACCAGCCCUGGGAGUGGAAGAAGGAGCGCAUCUCCAAAGCCUUCGCAGCUCUGCUGUGUUAUGGCUGUGUUAGCACCGAGGGCCCACUGGCAGCCAGAGAACCAGAGAACCCCCCCAGGACUAAGGACCCCCCGCCUAGAACCCCCAAAGUAGAGAUUAAAGUGAUUAAAGACCUGCCGUGGCCCCCCCCUGUGGGCCAGCUGGACUCUGCCCCCCCCCUGGCUGAGCUGGUCGAGCCCUCGCCCCCCUCCCAGUCCUGCCAGCCCCCACCGGCCGGACAGAUGACCUGUGAGCAGCUUCAUCAUGUCCAGUUUGACGGAGUGGACAAGUGCCGCAUGUCCCCCACUAUAGAGGGCAAGUGUCGUCCCCCGCAACGCCACUCCAGCGGCUGCCUGGUCAACACCAAGAUGGGCUCUCUGGACCAUACCAACUCCAACGUGGGGGAGCGCUGCCUGGUCAGCACCAAGAUGGGCUCCCUGGACCAUACCAACUCCAAUGUGGGGGAGCGGAUAGAUCCCACCAUGCCUCUGGAGAGCCAGUUCUGGUACCAUGGAGCGAUCAGCCGGACGGAUGCUGAGUCUCUGCUGAGGCUGUGUAAGGAGGCCAGCUACCUGGUGAGGAACAGCGAGACCAGCAAGAACGACUUCUCCCUCUCACUCAAGAGCAGUCAGGGCUUCAUGCAUAUGAAGCUGUCGCGGACCAAAGAGAGCAAGUAUGUGCUGGGUCAGAACAGUGGUCCGUUCGACACCGUGCCCGAGAUCAUCCACUUCUACUCCAGCCGCAAGCUGCCAAUCAAGGGGGCGGAGCACAUGUCCCUGCUCUAUCCCGUGGCCAUCAGGACACUAUAGUGGACACUCGGCCCCGACACUUCUUUUUGCGCUUCUGGGUCCUAGAGAGUCUGGUGUGUGUUCGGGGAGGCGAGAGGCGGACUGAUUGGUCAUUACCCUUGUGCUGAAGGACCCUCCCACACCUGGACUAAAGGGCCUCUUUAGGAGGCCAGACUGAACUGGGAUCAGAGACGACUCUGAGGAGCAGUAGACUCAUCACCUGCUCAUGGAGGGAGGGGUGGGGAACGAGCGCCAUCAUCCCCCUUACAACUGAUCUGAGGAAGCUCUCCAUCUCAUCCUCAUUGCCCAUUGUUUUGCCCUAUACACACUUUCACCCCUGUGUAUCUCUCUCUCUCUCUCUCUCUCUCUCUCUCUCUCUCUCUCUCUCUCUCUCUCUCUCUCUCUCUCAUAUCUUCUCGCAUCAUUCCUUCCUGCAAACACUGGUUCCAGAUGUGUCGGUUCAGACACAUUUAACACACAUCUGUCUGUUUUCUCUCUCUUUCAGCUGUUGUCUUUAGUGUGUGUGUGUGUGUGUGUGUGGGCAUGUGUGUAUGUGUGGGUAGGAUUAGCAGGAACCGUUGGCAGUUUCAGUUGCACAAGAGAAUCGUCCGUAAUCGAAGUAGGCAUAACAUGAUGUGAGUUGCCUCGGCAAUGGAGAAAUAUCCGUGUGAUCAUUUAAUCAUUUCAUGUGACUGGUCAUGACCAGCGAUUGACGUGACAUGUAAACAUAUCAAACAUACAUUUGGACUUGUUGUUGAUACCUAUCCCACUAUACAUCAUAAUACAUCUACUUCCAUCCAACAGUUUAGGAUAUGAAGGUCAGUUCUCAGUUCUUCAGCUAGCUAUAUUAGCCGUUGUCGUGUUUAUUUUUAGUGCUAAAGUGAUUCAGGAGUGUGAGGGAAACCCAGAAGGUUGGGAUAUGUCUCAGUGCUGUCUUUGAGGGAAUCCAGCAGGUUUGGCUAUGUCUCAGUGCUGUCUUUGAGGGAACCCAGAAGGUUUGGCUAUGUCUCAGUGCUGUCUUUGAGGGAACCCAGAAGGUUUGGCUAUGUCUCAGUGCUGUCUUUGAGGGAACCCAGAAGGUUUGGCUAUGUCUCAGUGCUGUCUUUGAGGGAACCCAGAAGGUUUGGCUAUGUCUAAGUGCUGUCUUUGAGGGCCAUGAGAGGUGUCAGGGAGAGGAGCCGUCUGGCUCAGUGUUGCUAACGCUAAAGGAAGUGGGGUUGGAUUGACUGAUUGACAUUGAUUAAGCUGGUUCAGCAGCUUGCUCACAUAUAGCUAGACGUCCGUUUUUAGUGUUCCCGGGGAUAAGACUCCCUUCUCACCCCUCCUCGCCCCAUCCCGCCCCAUCCCACCCCAUCCCGCCCCAUCCCGCCCCAUCCCGCCAGCUCCGGGUGCUCAUCACUGGGAAGGGAUCAGCAUGGCUACAGCAUUGUCUACCUCAGAGAGAGAGAGAAAUCAAUUUCACUCACCCAUCUGCAGAUCGAUAGGUACAAUUGGAAUUGAAAUAUUGACACCGUUCACCGCCAUCUCCAACUCCAUCUUCACCUUCCACUAGAUUACAUUUUUUUUCCAUCCUUUUCCAGACUUUCCUCACACAAAACUUCAACCUGAAUUCAGAUCUAAGAGCCUUUUGUUUUGCCUGUUUGUUUUUCUUUGAGACAUUUUGGAAACCUUGAUUGUGUGCAUAGUCCCUCUGUAAUGUUAUGUGAUGCCAGUAAUACAUAUGGUUUCUGCCUUAUAAUAUUGCAUGGAGGGCAAAGAGACGAGAAGAAAACUCAAAAGAGAAAUCAGUCCACUGGGUCUGCUGAACCUGCAGAGUUCUGCUGGAGUUCUACUCUGUCUCCUUUGUUUUGUUUUUUCUACUGAUGGUCCUGUGACUGUAAUUUAUUCUGGGGUGUACAACACUGGCCAUGUCUUUCUCCUGAGCGCUCACACCCGCUACCCAUCACUUCUGUGUGUGUGUGUGUGUGUGUGUGUGUGUGUGUGUGUGUGUGUGUGUGUGUGUGUGUGUGUGUGUGUGUGUGUGUGUGUGUGUGUGUGUGUGUGUGUGUGUGUGUGUGCACAUGUUUGGACAGUGCUCAAAGUCACUCAUCACUUCCCAUGGUGCUUUGCUUUGUUGAUUUAACAUUUUAUUUAUUUUGUCAUCUUGUGAUGAUCAUGUGAUUUUUUUUGUUUUUACCCUGCAUGGUCUACACUCUGAAGAGGAGGCGUCCUCCUAAUCAACACACACAUGCACCAGACACACACACACACACACACACACACACACACACACACACACACACACACACACACACACACACACACACCAAUCCCUUGUAAUCAGCUCCCUGCUGACUCCAGAGUAAGUGAUGGGGCUCUUAUUCCUCCUGUUCCUCUCCAGCCCACUCUAUAUGUGCAGCCUGAUUGUGCUACAGCCCUCUGAGAUUGUAGUCCCGCCAUUGUUGGGUUAGUACACACACACACACACACACACACACACACACACAGCCCUUUGAGAUUGUAGUCCUGCCAUUGUUGGGUUAGUCCGCACAUGAGGACUAGUCCACAAAACACACACACACACACACACACACACACACACACACACACACAGACAAGCAGUCCACAAACUGAAGGGGACUGACAGCUCACUAUGUUUACUGCUGUUUUCUUGCCUAAGACACCCCCCCUACACACACACACACACACACACACACACACACACAACUGACACAAAAGCUAAACAAAAUGUUUUAGAGCCCACAUGGGAGGUGACCGAGCUGUUCUUUGAUGCUGUUGAGCGUACACUUAAAGGUACACAAAAAUGAAAUGGAAUUGAAUGAGGGGCCGCCAAUCAAUCUGGCCUCUGAUUAGCCCCUCCCCUGCCCUGUCUUAACAGCCUGAGAGAGGCGGAGCCAGAAGAGAAGCUCCAGGAAGUGAGAAGUGUGCAGCCAACAGAGGCGGGGCAGACUAGUGCCGGGCUCUAGGGGUAGGUUGGUGGGGCUGUCCGUCAAAGGGAAUGGAAGGCCUUCAGCUUUAACAAGGGAAAAAGAAUGUUGCUAAGUGAAAUGACAGUUGUUAGACAAGGUGUGGUUUAACUUUGUAACAAAUUAGACAUAAAUGUGUGUGCGUGUGUGUGUGUGUGUGUGUUACAGAGAGAGCUAGAGACAGAGAGAGACUUAUAUAGAUGAAAACAAAAGUAAACAAAACAAAAAGCUUGUGGUCCAAAGUGUUGGAGGGUUUUGGGAAAGUUUGACAUGGAGGAGGCUAUUUCUGCGUUGGUUUUAGUACAGAUCCCCCUCCUCUCCUCCUUCCCCCUUCCCCUCCUCCCCAUCCUCUUUCCCCUCUCCUCCUCCUCUCCCUCUUCCCCUGCUCUCCUCCUCCCUAUCCUCCCCUCCAUCCUCUCUCUCCUCUCCUCCUCCUCUCCCUCCUUUCCUCCCUCUCCUCUCCCUCCUCCGGUCCUCUCCCCUGCUCUCAUCCUCCCCCUCCUUCCCUCCCCUCCUCUCCUCUCCUCUCCUCUCAUCCUCCUCCUCCUGGUAUGGGGAUGCUGUUGCUCCCCUCUGCUGCAGCUGCUGAGUGGAGUGUGUUGGCCUCAGAUGGGUCCUGUGUACGAUGAACAGCCCAGCCUCCUCCUCCAGAGAGAGAGAGAGAGAGAGAGAGAGAGAGAGAGAGAGAGAGAACAGGAUGGCGAGAGCUCUCACCUGUGGUGCUGGCGCAGGUGCGCUAGGGGCUUGUAGGGCCUGCUGUAGAGCCUGGUUGAACAGGUCAAGGUGUGUGUGGGGGGGGGGUGUAACGGACUGAAAGAGAGAGAGGAGAGAGAAGGGGGGGGGGGUGAGCUGUACAGCUGGGCGAUGCGUGUCGGAGCAGGAAGCUUUGUCACUGUCAGCUCUACUGCCCCCUGCUGCCCCGCACUGCCCCAUUGUUCUGCUGCCCCCACAGAGGACUGGCCACUGCACCACUACUUCUGCCCUCCGAGAAGUGCCCUCUGCACACCCACUUGUGUUAUGUGUGUGUGUGUGUGUGUGUGUGAGUGUGUGUGCUGUCAGAUGUUGCCUCACUCCGGUCUCUUGAGCUACUCUGUAUAGCUGAGUGCUCUAUGAGUGUGAGUGUGUGCGUGUGUGUGUGUGUGCGCGCGCAUUUGUGUACAUUUUGCUCCAGUGUAUGCACUAAUAUCUCUGUACAGUCCCUUCUUUUCUCCAGAUGUAUAUACUGAAUGUAUUGUAUGGGGACGCGGAGGCUUUGAGGUUCAAGAGACAAAAAUAAAGUAGAGUUUAUGAGUCCAG